AUGCGCUCCAAGGCGGCGCCUUCAGGAAGGAUACGACGCCGGAGCGCCGUCACCACCCGAUCCAAGGAUCAGAGUUCCCCCCGAAGCCGCAUGACGGGCAAUGAGAGCCACGACGACGCCUUCAAGAAGGAAACGAUCUUCGCCGCCGCCGGCAGCACCAAUGCACAGGCUCUACCCAAGAGCACCACGCAACCACCACCAGGGCCGCCGCUCCAGCAUCCAAGACCUCGACACCACCUCACCCGAGACCUGCCGCACCCCAACAAAAGAGACGAGCGGAAAGGUCCCACCUUUCGCGCCCCUGGGCACCCCCAGCGUCGAGACCCAAUAGGUCAUCCAGAACUGGCAUCCACCGACCCAUCCUACUGCCCCAAGUGCGAGACGAGCUCGGUCCUGCAGCAACGAGAGGGGGACGAGAAGAUGAACCGCAUGAGGAGGAUCGCGGGGAUGGGCAAGAGCAAGAAGGCCCCGUCCGCGGUUCAGAAGGACAAGGACGAGAGCAUAGUUUUCUUCCGGGAGCUGUACAAGCAUGAGGAAGAUACGGAUGUGAACCUCCUGGAGCCGAUCUACUCCGUGGAGUUCGACGCCAUCCAAGGUGGUCACAUGUCCAAGCCUCCCUCGGGGAAGAGAGAUCUCCUCAUGCCGAUCAUCGAGAAGCCCGACUAUGACUGGCCCAAGACCCCUCCGGUUGCACCAAUGUUUCCUUCCCUCAAGAUGGAAGCCAGCUCCUCCGAAACGGUGGUUGCCCCUAAGGUGACACACAUCCCGAUCACGCAACCUGUCAAACCUUCAGCUUCAAGGUUGAACGAUUUUUCGAAAUCUUGGCUAGGGCAGUUCAUUGGCAAGACUGAGGCGACCAAAACAUCAGCCAAGACUCCGGCAGGUUCUUCGUCAAGCAACUCUGCCAAGAGCCAGCCUUGCACGACCGACAGGAGACCAGCUUCAGCUUACGCUACUCUGCCCAACAGGCAGCAGAAACCAGAUGCCAAAGCCAAUACUGGCACAAGCAGCAACUCAGGCAAGGAACACUCGCACACGUACUACGCAAAUGCAAGCCAGGACAGCAGCAGCAGCAGUGCAAGUACAACCAACACGGUGGAGACGCCAGGAGAAGCCCCUUACACGGCGCCCAAGAAUCUGCUCACGACUGGGUCUAUUUUCGCACGGCGCAGGGCAUCAGCAACGGCAGUGGCGACAGCUCCACCAUUGGGCGUGGACACCAAAGUCGAGAGCGCGAAGGCGAGGAGGCCACCAUCUUCUGCGGCAAGAGCUUCCAAGGAGCUGCAGGUAGAUGCCAGGAAGAAUGCUUUACCAGCCAAGGGCAAGGCUGUGGCCGGCACCGGCAGCGAGCCUGUUUGCAACAGCAGUGGCCGUGCCAGCACCAGCAAGACCGCACCAGCAAAGGGAAUGCGAAGAACAGAUGGCAAGAACGAGCGGAGACCAAAGUUUGCAGACCAGUGA